AUGGAAUAUCCUGGUGACGGAAAUGGGUCCGGCCGCCCCUCUCAGUCUCAGGAGUCCGCCUAUCCUGACAUUGAUGAGACGAUGCAGUACCUUUGGCAAGGUUCUCAGCCAGCCGUCGCAGGCGAAUCCUCACUCCACUCCGUAAUUGAUCCUCGCCUUUACAAGGAUCUGUUUUCACAGAGCGCCUCGCAGCUGCCUGGCCAGCAAGCUAUGGAGUACGAGGACGAGGAGGAUGCACAGGAGUAUUCGCAAAUGGAUGACUCGGCGGAGGACUCCACUUACGAAUUUUCAGCAGAAGAAUCUUCAACGGAAGAGGAGCCUUCAGAUGUAGACGAGAAUGCUGCAGACGAAGGUGAUGACGAUUCGGUCGGUCGGAGACGACGCCGCAGAAGAGGCACGGGGGCCUUUUCUGGACGAUGGGGCGCCCGUGGUGGGAAAGGAAUUAAGAGAGGGCCUCGUAAGCCGCUGGAGCCCAGUGCGGAAUUCAAGAUGCUGCACUCGGAAGCUACCUCGGCCUUUAUCGAUGGCGACUAUGAAACCGCCAUUGAUCUUGUGAAGCGUGCGAUCCAUAUCAACCCUGAGAUGUUUGCUGCCCACUCGCUGCUGUCGGAGAUCUUUCUAGCUCAGGGCCAGAAAGACAAAGCUCUAACGGCGCUGUUCAGCGGCGCUCAUACGCGACCGAGGGAUGCAUCGGUGUGGUUCAAAGUAGCGCAAAUGAUACUUGAUCGAGCCGGUGAUGAUCGUCCAGCAGCCCUGAACGAUGUCAUCUAUUGCCUGAGCCGUGUCAUUGAUAUUGAACCCAAGAACUACAAUGCGAGGUUUCAGAGAGCUGCAGUCUAUCGGGAGUUGGGCCAUAACGGCCGGGCUGUCACGGAGUACGAAAGAAUCCUCAAGGAGGUUCCGCAUCAUCCAAGGGCUUUGCGAAAUUUGGCAGAAGCCUACAUUGAUCUCAACGAAGUUCAGAAGGCUGUAGAUCAGUGGACGGACAGUGUUGAGUACUACAAGUCCUUUGAGCCGGAAGAUGCUCCCGACUUUUCCUGGUCCGACGUCAACAUAUACGCCGAAUUGUUCAGCUAUCUAGGCCGAUAUGAAGAAGGAUUAAAAGCUCUUAAGUCUGUCUCGCGAUGGCUUCUUGGUCGCCGAGAUGAUACCAUGUGGGAAAAUUUCAACGAAGACGACCGCGAAUGGGAUGCAAACGAUUCUCCUAGGCGCAUCAAAGUCGAUGGUUAUAUUCCAGGACGUUGGCCGCGAGAUUCAUAUGGGUUGGGCCUUCCGCUUGAACUUCGGAUCAAGCUUGGUCUGUUUCGUCUCAGGAUGGGCUACGAUCACAAGAACGAAGCUCUGCAUCAUUUCUCAUGGUUGAACCCAGAAGACACCUCGGAAGGGGCUAGACUCUAUGAUUAUGGCGACCUCUUCCGCGAGGUUGCUGAUGCGCUCAAGGAAGUUGGUUUACUGGGGGACGCGCUCCGGUAUUAUACGCCGAUCCAGCAGACUACCGAGUAUGCCGACAUCAGCUAUUUCAUGGCCAUGGGAGACUGCUUCAUGCAGUUGGGCAACAUUGAAGAAGCUGAGAAUUGCUAUCUUACGGUAGCAGACUAUGAUACAAGAAACAUAGAGUCGCGCGCACAGCUCGCAAAGCUGUACGAGAGCAUCGGAAUGACUGAACAAGCGCUGAAGUACGUCAACGAAGCCGUCCUGCUUGGGCGACAGGAGACCAGGACUCGUCGCCGGAGAAAGGAUAAUCGGUUGGAACAACUCGCGCUGGAGUUCAGAACCGAGACCGAUCCGGAACUACCAGGUCUGAGAAUUGCUGUACCGCCUGAACAUGCUGAAGGACUGGCUCCGACGCUUACCACUACUUCUGUAAGCGCUACGAGGAGAAAUGUCCAAGAAGCGGAGGGAGAAAGGACAGAACUAGUCCAGUUUUUGUAUGGGAAGCUGUUAGAUAUUCACCCAAGGGUCAAAGAGGGCAAUGCCGAAGCGAUUGAGGACUGGCUCGACAUUGCGGAUGCUUUGCUACGUGAGUUUCGCUCCAAUAAGGUGUUUUAUCCUUUCCAACGCAACAUCGUCUUUUUGGGUUAUUCAAGGGAAGCACAAAGGAAGGCGGGAAAGUACAAAAAUCGUACUCUCAUGGAUGAGAUGCAGGAAAUGGCAAGUCGUCUUCAGGAGUCUUUAGGCACAGUUACCGAAGAGCCUCUCCAGGACGCUGUACCAACCGACUACCAUGGUAUCAGCUUCGACGAGUGGCUGGACUUAUUCCUGCAAUACGCUCUUGUCGUCUCAGGGCAAGGGGAGCCUGACGAAGCCUACGAUAGUCUUGCAGCCGCUGCAGAUGCCAGUAUUUGGUAUCACUCGAAACCUUGCACUCGACUUAUCCACGUCUGCUGGUUUACAUGUGCCCUGAAGGCGCAAGACGAGGAAACUCUUGCAAAUGAAGCACGCUGGUUCAUCAAAGAGUAUCAAUUCGUCACAGACACAUAUCGCUUAUUCUCCAUGCUGAGCCGGCUCUGCGGCGACCCUCACCGGUCUCUCUUCCAUUCCUCACCAAACAUGAAAUUCAUGCUGCGGCAGAUCAAGGCCAUGGACUUUUCCAUCCCGGAUGGCCCCAAUGACUCCCGACCCAGCAAAGCAGUCCGCGAGUCAAUCUACAAAGAGCGUGCGACGCUUACCACCCGUGACGAGUCAGGCGAAGCCAUUCCCGCUGACCAACUGGACGUCGCCCUGCUUGUGCUAUAUGGCCACAUCCUAUAUUCCGGCAACAGUUUCUACCCAGCUCUCAACUACUUUUUCCGCGCAUACGAUCUCGACGACCAGAACCCUGCCGUCCUCCUCUCCAUUGCCCUCUGCUACAUCCACCACUCGCUCAAACGUCAAUCCGACAACCGUCACUACCUCAUCAUGCAGGGCCUCUCAUUCAUGCACGAAUACCGUCGCGUUCGCGAGCGAAAGGGAAGCCUCCUCCAGGAACGGCAGGAGAUGGAGUUUAACUUUGCUCGCGUAUGGCAUCUACUCGGCCUCGCGCAUCUCGCCAUCGAAGGAUACCAGCGCGUCCUGGCGCUUGGGGGGCAGAUCCAGACCGAAUCUCAGAAUAAGAUCUCUCAGCCGCUGACCACGAACACGCGCCCAGCAGACGGUACCAACGUCGUAAUGGGGGAUACGGAUCACGCCGGGCAAGUUGAGAUUCAGUUCGUGGAGGACUUCUCGCGCGAAGCUGCCGUUGCGCUGCAGAAUAUCUUCGCAUUAAGCGGUGACCUGGAGUCAGCGAGGGAAGUUACGAGCAGAUUUCUGGUUAUAUAA